AAGUUAAAAGAUAGAAAAAAGAAAGAAAAAGAUGAGAAAGUGUUUUAAUGAUCACAUUGAACUGUUACAUUCCAUUGUAUAAGCAACCCAUUUUUGUUGUUUUGUAUUUACCAUUGUUGAUGCUUCUCCCUUCUCUUCCAAGUAGUGAACUAUAUUACUCUUCUGGGGAUGAGAAGGAAAGUAAGUUCUGAACAAAACAGUACCAUUCUUGAAAAAUAAGCUAGUGGUUCCUCCCUCUACUAUUUCCAUCUCCAUUUAUGGCUUGAAAAAGACUACCUUUCUUAGGUGGGUUUGGUUGGGUUACCUCAGAUCCAAGGUACUCAAGUUGUAUGUGAUAAAGGGUACCAUCUUUUUCAGGGUUUCUUUCUUGUGAUUCUUGACACUUUUUGCCAAGACCCCUUUUUUUUCCCUUUCUUUAUCUGGGUUUCAGUAGUUCAUUGGAUUUUGGGAAGAAAGUGCUGGCAGACAAACAAAUCUAAAAUCUUACCUUUUGUGUGUUUUAGGUGAUUUUUCCAACCAAAAAGGUGUUUUUUCUUACCAGAUCUGACUACAAAAUUGUGAAUCAGGUAGUGUGUUAGAUCUUUCUAGGCAUGGAAAAUGGCGUGUUGAAGCUCAUUAGAAGAUUAUUAUUAGUUUGACAAUGACAGGUUGUGUAAUGUUGUUACAAGAUAGUGAUUUCGAUGGACGACAUGUGUUUGGCGGUUGCUUUGCCAUUUAGAGUAGGUAAUUUCAUCUCUCACAACCAAAGUCAAAUGGAUGUCACUAGCUUAAAGUCAAUGGCUGACCAUGCUCCAACUUUGUAUCCAGAAUCUUCUGUUUAUGAUGAUUGCAUUUCUGUUGAUUCACAGAAGAAACAGCUCACUGUUACUGUACCUGAAGAAACUGGUAUGAUAUCUGAAAAUGAAAGGAACUGGAUUGAUGUUGUCAGGGAAAGUGAGGAUGAUGAGAUCUUGUCACUAGAUGGUGAUCAAAUUCUUGAUAGUUCAUGUUCCCUGUCUGUGGUGAGUGAUUCCAGUAGUUUAUGUGCUGAUGAUUUUAUAAGUUUCGAGCUAGCAUCUGAGGUAGACGGACAGAAUUUGGUAGAUGCUGAGAAAAACAUUUGCAAUGUCAAACUUAUAGCUAAGGCUGGAGAUCUGGUAGAGUCAGGUGCUCAGGAGACAGAGAGCAAGCCUCUGGCAAUUGGGGAAAAACUUGAUGAGCAGAUUACGGAUGGCUCCAGCUCUAAAUCAGCUGAAGUUGUUGUUCAGCUACCUUUAGAUAAAGGGUUAAAUGCAGCAGUUGGCCGUAGUAUUUUUGAAGUGGAUUAUAUACCCCUUUGGGGAUUUACAUCUGUGUGUGGAAGGAGACCAGAAAUGGAAGAUGCGCUUGCAACUGUUCCUAGGUUCUUGAGAAUUCCUGUACAGAUGCUAGUUGGCAAUCGUUUGCCUGAUGGAAUGACUAGGUAUUUAAGUCAUUUGACAGCUCAUUUCUUUGGAGUUUAUGAUGGCCAUGGUGGCUCUCAGGUGGCAAAUUACUGCCGUGAUCGAAUUCAUGCUGUAUUGGCUGAGGAGUUGGAAACCAUUAUGGCUAAUCUCAAUGAUGAAAGUAUUAGACAAAAUUGUCAGGACCAAUGGAAAAAUGCAUUUACCAACUGUUUUCUCAAGGUUGAUGAGGAGAUUGGAGGGGGUGGAAAUCGCGAGGCUGUUGCCCCAGAAACUGUAGGCUCCACGGCUGUUGUCGCCAUUGUUUGUUCAUCCCACAUUAUAGUAGCAAACUGUGGUGAUUCAAGGGCUGUUCUGUGCCGUGGGAAAGAACCCAUGGCAUUAUCAGUGGAUCACAAGCCAAACCGAGAAGAUGAAUAUGCAAGAAUUGAAGCUGCAGGAGGGAAGGUUAUACAGUGGAAUGGGCAUCGUGUUUUUGGCGUUCUUGCUAUGUCUAGGUCUAUUGGAGAUAGAUACUUGAAGCCCUGGAUAAUUCCUGAUCCAGAAGUAAUGUUCAUACCUCGAACCAAGGACGACGAAUGCCUUAUCCUUGCAAGUGAUGGUUUAUGGGACGUUAUGACAAACGAAGAGGUAUGUGAUUUGGCUCGCAAGCGCAUACUCCUCUGGCAUAAAAAGAAUGGUGUAACGCUUCCUUCGGAAAGGGGCCAAGGAAUUGAUCCAGCAGCACAGGCAGCAGCAGAAUGUUUGUCAAAUCGAGCUCUUCAAAAGGGCAGCAAGGACAACAUAACUGUGAUUGUUGUGGACUUGAAGGCCCAAAGGAAGUUUAAGAGCAAAACCUAACAUAACUGAUCUCUCAAUCAGCAGCUGUUUCCAUUUAUAGGUUCACAAUAUUGAUGAAGACUUCAUAUAAUUCGAUAUAGCCAGCCCUUUUAAUUUUUAGCAGGGGACUGUGGGAUCAAGGUUUUCACUAGAGUAGCUUACUGUAUGUAUUGUAGUACUUGUUCCAUUCUCUGUAUGUAGUUUUCUUCCUUUAGCUGUUUUAAGUAGGAAAAUACAUUAUAUCCUCCGAGUUAAGGCGGCUCUGUGAGGUUAUUUGCCUCAGUAUUACUUUUAAUGUUGUUGUUGGAAACAGUAACGAGACGAAUAGAGAGAGACCUCUUCUGAAUUGUAUGCAAAAGAUGCUUCUUCUUGUACUUUAUAUGGAUUUAUGAGUAUAGAUAGGAUGAGUUGACUCAA